UGUUGAAAUUUCUAUAAUGCAAAAGGAGUAAAAAAACAUGCAUUAUGAUUUAAUUAUAAGAACAUAUACCAAAUUGUGAAUUGCAUCAAUCAUAUAAUAAGAAUUUUAUUUAAUACAAAAUACUCCUUACUAAUUUGGAGCUCUUUGACCAUUUCUUAACAUCGAAUCUGACUACUAGAAAAGGGGAAAAUGAAUUAUCUUCAAAGAUGGGUAAUGCAGUGGGCCACAGAGUAAGCUUAUACAAAGUUCUCACGUCAUUACAUUCAAUCAUAAAUUUCCAGCAUUGCAAAAAAUAGUAUAUAAAUCUGGUUAACAUACACAUUAGAUAAACUUCCAUCAUUCCUUACUAGUUUAUUCCUCCUUCGUAAUCGAUAAACACUGUCCUAUCAUUGCAAAAGUAAGUAUCCAAACAUGUCAAGCUCAUUUUGCUGGAUCAUUAUUGUUACUUCUAUGUUCUGCAGUUUUCAGCUGUGUGUAGCUGGGAACAAUGAAACUGAUAGGCAAGCAUUACUUGAAUUUAAAGCCAAGAUAACCGGUGACCCUUUCAGCGUUUUGAGCUCAUGGAAUGACACGCUUCACUACUGCAAUUGGCAUGGAGUUACGUGCGGUCAUAUGCACCAAAGAGUGACAUACUUGGACCUUCCAUCCUUGCAGUUCACAGGUAUUAUCUCUCCUUAUGUAGGAAAUUUAAGCUUCCUAAGAGGAUUACGCCUCCAUAACAAUAGCUUUGGUGGCAUACUUCCACCUGAAAUUGGUCGUUUGCACCGAUUGCAGUACUUGUUCAUCCGUAAUAAUUCCAUUGGAGGGGGGAUUCCAUCAAAUAUAUCAGGUUGCUCUAGCCUUAUUGCACUUGACAUCUUUGGUAACAAGUUGAUUGAGCAAAUUCCGCCUCAGCUUGGGGUUUUGCCACACUUAAAAUUUAUAUUCUUGUCAUAUAACAACGUAACAGGAAGCAUACCUUCAUCUAUGGGGAACUUAACAUCCCUCUCUCGACUCUACAUGGAUUUUACCAACUUAGUUGGAAAUAUUCCAUCCACCUUUGGCAAACUGAAAAACUUGACAGUAUUCUCAUUAUCUGGGUACAAGUUGUCUGGAACAGUCCCACCCUCGGUAUUCAAUCUUUCCUUAUUGAACCAUUUAGAUAUAGGAUUGAAUUACUUUGAAGGAACUCUUCCUCCAUAUUUAGGCAACACGCUUCCACUUCUUCAAUGGUUUUCUAUUGACUCCAAUCGAUUCACUGGAGCCAUUCCUUCUUCAAUAUCCAAUUCCUCAAACCUACAAGUUUUACUAUUGGCAGAUAACAAUUUACAAGGACAAGUUCCAUCUCUGCACAAGUUAGCAAUGCUAAAACGCCUGACGCUCUACGAUAACUCCCUAGGAGAUGGCCAAGCAGGCGAUUUGGAUUUUGUUUCUUCUUUAGCCAACGCCACCUUGCUACAAUUCUUUGAGAUAGGCCAUAAUAACUUUCAUGGAGUUUUUCCUAGAGGCCUGUGCAACUUCUCAAUGGUUAAAACAAUGUCAUUCUAUAGCAACAACAUAUUUGGAGAUAUUCCAAAUUGUAUAGAAGACCUAACAGAACUGCAAUCUUUAGGGGCAUUUGACAAUGCACUGUCUGGGGCCAUUCCACAAGGAAUAGGGAAGCUCCAAAAACUAAACAAGUUAUUUUUGAACGCCAACAAAUUAACAGGGCCGUUACCACCCUCGAUCGGAAACCUAAAUCAACUGACAGUUUUUACCCUGUCUAAUAACAGUCUUGAAGGCCAAAUACCCACAACUCUAGAAAAUUGCACAUCAUUGAUAGGACUGAACUUUUCUCAUAACAACCUAAGUGGUGGGAUACCCCCACAACUUUUCAGUCUACCAACCUUAGCUAUACUUGAUCUAUCUGCAAAUCAUCUAACCAAGCCCCUCCCAGAAGAAGUAGGGCAACUUAAUGCUCUACAGAUUCUUGAUGUUUCUCAAAAUAUGUUAUCAGGUCAGAUACCAAUUUCUCUCAGUAGUUGUUUGUCAUUAGAAUCUUUAAACAUGUCAAACAACAAAAUACAAGGCCCCAUUCCAGAUGAAUUGAAGAAUUUAACGGGUCUAAGUUCGCUAGAUUUGUCAUACAACAAUUUAUCAGGGAAAAUCCCGAAAUACCUAGCAAGCAUGCAGUUGCAACAGCUCGACCUGUCCCAUAAUAACUUUGAAGGUGAAGUGCCCAUUGGCGGGAUCUUCAACCAUACAAAUGCUGGAUUUAAAAGUGGUAACAGUAAGCUAUGUGGAGGAAUACCUGAGCUAGAGUUGCCUCAUUGCAGUUUUAGCAGCAACGCUGAGAAAAGAAGAUCAAAGCACAAGAGAAAUUUGAUCAUUGCUAUUCUUUCUGGGUUUCUUAUGGUCAUUCUGCUUGUGGCUUCACUAAUGUUGUUUUUCUGUAGACAAAGAAAGAGGUCUAAGGAAACAGCAACAUAUAGCGAUGAGGGAAAUUUUCCAAAUUUGUCUUAUCAAGCCCUUUUUAAAGCCACAAAUGGCUUCUCCUCAGAAAAUUGGAUUGGCAGUGGUACAUUUAGGAUUGUAUACAAGGGAAUCAUUGAUGAAAAUGGAUCAACUGUUGCUAUAAAGAUGUUUAACCUAGAGUAUCAUGGAGCUUCCAGGAGUUUCAUGGCUGAAUGUGAUGUUCUUCGAAGAAUCAGGCAUCGGAAUCUCAUCAAGAUCAUAAAAGCUUGUUCAAGUAUAGAUUAUAAGGGGAGAGAUUUUAAGGCUUUAGUAUACGAGUACAUGGAAAAUGGAAGUCUGGAAGAUUGGCUGCAUCCUACAAAGCCAGUAGAUAGAGAUGAUACCUCAAGAAACUUGAAUCUUCACCAAAGAAUUGAUAUUGCAAUUGAUAUAGCAUUUGCCUUAGAUUAUCUUCACAACUCAUGUGAUACGUCCAUAGUUCAUUGUGACCUCAAGCCAAGCAAUGUUCUCCUCGAUGAUGAAAUGGUCGCACAUGUGGGAGACUUUGGACUAGCUAGGUUCCUCCAAAAUUCCAUUAGCAAUGCUGAUGCAAAUCCAUCCAACUCUGUUGGAGUUAGAGGAACUGUCGGUUACACCCCUCCAGAAUAUGGAUUGGGCAAUGAGGUAUCAACUCAUGGAGAUGUCUAUAGUUUUGGAGUUCUUUUACUAGAAAUGUUUACAGGAAAAAGACCUACUCAUGAGAUGUUCAUAGGAAGCUUUAGGCUACAAGACUAUGUGAAAGAAAAUUUACCUGAAAAUGUGAGCCAGAUUAUAGAUCAUGAUGUUCUUAAAGACAUAAAACGAGAGGAUGUGGUUAAAAGUCUAGAGGCCUUAACAUCAAUACUUGCUAUAGCCCUUUCCUGCUCAACUGAUGUGCCACAUCAAAGGUUGGACAUGAGUGAUGUCACUACAAAGCUAUUAUCAAUUAGGAAGAAGCUACUUGGAAAUCACUUAAGAAGGGAAAGAAUAAUUCAAACAGGUACUUUUCAAAAUUGGCUUCCCCCUCCCUGCUGAUUAUUUUCAGUUAGAUAAUGAUGAAAUAUGGACACCAUUAUGGUGCAGGUGCAAGAUAAAGAUAGAUGCCAAACCAAGUUGAAGCGACAAAGAAGACGCUUGUCAUGUAACGGAUAUAAAGAACCAGAUUGGCAGAUUAUGUAACAAUGAUUCUUCUCAAGAACAUUUUGGUACUUUGUCAUGGAUUUCUCAAAUUAAAAACACAAAAUCUGGUAUGCAGGCGCCGCAUCCGUGCUACCGUACGGAGGACGACCCAAUAAAAUAAAAAAUUUACCCACCAACUCCAAGCCUUAAAACACUCGUUUCAAGACUUAAAAUGUCAAUUUCAGUAUUUUAAACCCCUACUCUAAGUCUCAAUCUUCCUUCUCAAAUGUUUUACUUUAUUUUUUUAACUACUUACUCCAACUCUUAAAAUACCAAAUCCAAGACUUAAAAUGUCAAUUCCAACUUUUAAAGCUCCUACUCGAAGUCUUUACUUGAAAACCCAUGAAGUCUCUUCCCUAUCUUGAUUUCCGACCACUGAAUGACCUCAUGGCGCCGAGUGUAAUACUUGAAAAAGUAUCAGUAUAUCGGCUACACUUAGGAGGCGUUUAAUAUGAGAAAUGAAAAUGAAAAGGAAAGGGAAUGCUUAGAGAGAGGUAUUGUUGAAGUAUUAGUAUCAUAGAUUGUUCAAUAUAAAAAUUUAAUGGUAUUGUUGAAGUAAAAUGGCUCAUUAUAUCAUGCGCAUCUUAUUUGUGUGAAACUGCACAUGAUUUUUGCUACCUAUGGUAAACAAAAAAAACCUCUUUGUUAGUGUUAACAAGGAUAAGGAUGUGUACAUCCGACCCCCAAACCCCAUCGUAGGUGGGAGCCACUUAAUGAUAUUGGGUAAUGGGAAUAUUGUUGUUAUUGUUGUUUAUUUGUUACAUUCCAUGUCAUUGUUGUGAUAAAGUAAAAGAAUCACGUAUGUUAUGACAAAGUAAUGGAAACAUUACCCACACAACCAAAAGAAACAUUAGGAAAUGGAUUUACUUAUUUAAACUCAUUCUCAACCCUACAAAAAGGCAACUAAAAACUUCCUUAGAUAUCAACGUAUAUCUCAUAUUACACCAUUUCCGAUGAAAUGCUUAAUCAAGUUUACUACCCUGCCCGUAUCUUAAAUAAUUAUUGAAUACAUAUAUCUCAAUGAUCUGAUAUUUCACUAAACAAUCCAACCAGAAGGAUACCCUCAUAGCAUCUAACCAAAAUUAAAAUAAACCAUAGAUCUCUUAUGCCAAAGAAUAUCAAAAUCCAUCAUAAAAAAUAAUAAACAAUGAGCCAUAUAGAAUUUCUAGUUUAUAGAAACCAAGUACAAAGAUGCUCUACAAUCCUGCAUAGUGCAUGCUGCAUAAAAGCACACGUAUGAAAACUCUUUCACAACCAGCUACAGCAUAGGUUUUUUAUGUUUAGACAAGAUAACUUGCAUGUUUUUUUCUCAAACUGCAACAAAUCUUUGGAUUUAUUAGAAAAAGCAACAGAUCAAAUAUCGCAGCCAAGUCAACACUUCAUUUACAAUACCAGAAAAGAGGAAAUUGUAUGGUUGGGGACAGGGGGGCUUCUUGUUUAUAAUUAUGUACGAAGAGAUCAAUUUUUUUCAAGUU